AUGGCAAGAACAUACAAGAAAAAGGUAGGUGGCCGUAAAUAUCAACAUUAUAAUAGCGCAAUGCUAAAAAAGGCUGUAGAUGCUGUCCGUAAGAAAUUACUAACUAUUUCUAGAGCUUCCGAGAAGUUUGGUGUACCAAAAAGAACAAUUUGUAACCACGUAAAAGCGCUUAGUGAUAAUAAAAAAAUUAACAAUCCUGGUGGGCAGACUGUGUUGAGUCAUGACGAAGAAAAAAAUCUUGUGCUUGGAUUAAUUAAAUGUGGUGAAUGGGGAUUUCCAUUGAAAUGCAGAGAUAUUCAUUUGGCAGUUAAGUCAUAUUUGGACAGAUUAGGAAAAAAAACUAGAUUCAAAAAUAACUGGCCCGGUAAAGAUUGGGUAGAUUUGUUUCUUAAUCGAAAUAAUGAACUUACAUUGCGAAUAGGAGAAAAUAUUAAACGUGUUCGAGCGGCAGUGAGCAAAUCAGUAUUGAACGAAUAUUUUGACAAUCUUUCAAACACUUUAUCUGAUGUCCCUCCGAGUCAUAUUUUUAAUUACGACGAGACUAACUUUGUUGAUGAUCCGGGUAAAAGUCUUGUAGUAGUUCGAAGAGGGACUAAGCACCCCGAAGUUGUCAAAGAUACAUCUAAAACAAGCGUGUCCGUUAUGUUUUGUGUAUCGGCUGACGGAAAUAUUUUUCCCCCAUAUACCGUUUAUAAGGCCAAACACAUUUAUCCUACAUGGAUAGAAGGAGGCAUUCAAGGAGCUGGUUAUAAUCGUAAUGAAAGCGGAUGGUUCGAUAUGCCUAUUUUUGAAGAUUGGUUUUUAUCGUGUUUUCUUCCGUCAUGUAGACAUUUAACAGGACCUAAAGUAAUUAUUGGGGAUAAUCUCGCAAGCCAUAUUUCUUUAGAAGUUAUUAAACAUUGUGAAAUGAACAAUAUUCGAUUUAUUUUAUUGCCACCCAAUUCGACGCAUUUAUGCCAGCCCUUGGAUGUUGCUGUUUUUAGACCAAUGAAAAGGAGCUGGAGAAAGACUUUAGAUGAUUGGAAAAACUCAAACUGA